AUGGCUAAUUUUAAAGCUGCAGGUGUUAUUCUAGAAGAACUGAAUUGGCAACAGAAGAAGAAGUUAUUACAUGAUGUUAAGCAGUUCAUAUGGGAUGAUCUAUAUUUAUUCAAGAUUGGAGUUGAUAAUCUCUUGAGAAGAUGUGUACUUAAACAUUAUGGGGUGAUACAUAAAGUGGUGUCACCUUACCAUCCACAAACAAAUGGUCAAGCUGAAGUUUCCAACAGUGAGAUAAAAAGAAUUCUAGAAAAGACAGUUGCUGUUUCAAGGAAAAAUUGGGCGCAUAAAUUAGAUGAUGCUCUUUGGGCAUAUAGGACGGUUAUGAAGACUUCUAUGGGUUUAUCACCCUUUCAGUUGGUGUAUGGGAAAGCAUGUCACUUGCUAGUGGAGAUGGAGCAUAAAGCUUUGUGGGCUUUGAAAUUUUUAAAUUUUGAUCCUCAUGAAACUCAAAGCAAACGUAGAAGUCAACUGUUGGAGCUUGAAGAGAUGCAAUUACAUGCAUAUGACUCAUCUAGGAGUUAUAAGGAAAAGUUGAAGUCAAAAUGGUCGGGGCCUUUUGUAAUAAAACAUGUACAUCCUCAUGGAGGAGUUGAAUUGGUGAAUCCAGUUGCUAGUGAUCUGCAAAAGAGUUGGGUGGUGAAUGGUCAAAGACUUAAGUAUUACUUGGGAGGAGAAGUGGAACAACUUUCCCCGGUGAUGAAGCUGGUGGACCCGUAA